AAAAACAAAAAAACCCAAAAAAAAAAACAAAAAAAAAACCAAAACAAAAAAAAAAGCGUUAGUUAACAAAUUUACCAAAAUGAAUCGAAUUGACUGUAGUAUGGAUGAUAUGGCCAAUACCAAGUUUCUAACAGCCUAUGGUAGCCUGAUCAAACAGUUUUGCACAUCAACAGAUUUUAAUUAUAAUGAAGUUCUUGGCCUUAUGGUUGUCUAUUAUAAAUUUGUCAAGUUCAAUGGGCCAACAGCGAAAAAGAUGACCAAAAAGCAAUUCUAUGAGCUGUUCUUGGUGCUAUUCCGUAUUUGCGAUAUGUCAAUUAUCGAUCGUGUAUUAUUGUGUAUUACAAACGAUGUGCGUUUCGUGAUUCCAGAAGCCUGGAUGCAAUUAUUUUCGGUUUUUCUUUCCAAGGACACGAAACUUCGUUCUCAAUUCGCCUAUAAUGUUUAUACGUAUUCCGGCACUACUAAAUUGAAUCGUGAGGCUGUUUGCUUAGCUGUGGAGAAAUUUUUCGAAGGUGACGAUGAUGAUGAAGUCAAUGAGUUAAGAGCGGACAUGGUUGAAUUUGUUUUUAAUAAGUUUGAUUUGGACAAGGAUGGCAUUAUAUCUUAUAGUGAAUAUGCAGAAGUCGUACAGAAUCAGCCACCAUUAAUAGAAUUCCUAGGACAAAUCUUUCCCGACGAUAAUGAUCUUACCUUAGUAGCUUUAUGUACUAAUAUAGAGUCUAAGUUUAGAAGUGAUGAUUGAGAGUCAUUAUAAACUCUAACAAUGUGAAACCGAAACUAAAUCUUUGUUAUGAUGAUAA